AUGGUGUUGAUGCCUGAAUGCAAAAGUCCCUGUAUUCGGAUAUGUCAAUUUCAAUUCGUCAUAAAAAGAUGCUUCGUGUACUUCGUUCUUAUUAAUGGCCUAUUAUUUAUCAUUGAUUGUAACUGUCCUAAAGGGUCUAGGUUCCAGUUUGGGUAUGGUACCGUCCAGAUAUACAAUACAAUCUUAUUCCUUACUCCUGAUGGUUCCAUUCUGGACCUGCUUGAUCCCGCGAUAGAUGGCAUAGUUCAUCGCGAUAUAAAAUGUGAAAAUCUUCUUUUGGACAAAAAUGACAACUUAAAAAUCACUGAUUUCGGAUUUGCAAAAGAAUCUAUCGUAAAUAACGAGACUGAAAAUAUUAGUGUAACAUUUUGCGGUAGUUUUGCUUACGCCUGUCCUGAAAUCUUGCAAAAAAUUCCAUACAAUGCCCAGCUUUCUGAUAUAUGGAGCAUGGGUAUAGUACUUUAUGUCAUGCUUCAUGGAACCUUUCCUUUCGAAUUCUCCAAUCGAAAAAAUUUCAUAAAUAUGGCAAAAAAAGGGAAUGUGAUAUUUCUAGAGUCUAUUUUAAUAUCGAAUACUUGCAAAGAUUUGAUUUUAAAAAUACUAAAACCAGAAAAAGAAAGAAUUCUUAUGAAAGGAAUUAAAACACACGAUUGGUUUUGUAACUUUUACGAUCAACAUUGGGAAGCACACGUUCGCAGGUCAAAAACCAUCAUGAAUCAUCUACAAGAUAAGGAAGCGAGUCAAAUCAGCAUUGACAAACCGAGUAACUUUUGGUGUUGUGGAUAAAAAACAGAAGAAACGACCUAUUACACACUGCACUGUAUAGAUUGCAAAUCACUCCAUAAAUUGUUAUUAAAAUCUGUAUACUGUAAAAUUAAAUUUCUUU